AGGGAAGAGAUUUUUGGUAGUCGUCUGUCGUAGUCAUCGUUAGUGUCGUCUGCUUUUGUUUUGAUUAGAAAAUGUGACGGAUGGACGUUAGUUUAAAAGAUCAAAACCAAAACGGAAUGAUCACAUCCAAACACAGCUGAAGUGAUCUGAUUUCGCUGGACCAGCUGUUUUCCCGACCACCACUGGACAGGUCACCUGAGUCCCGUUUUCUGGAAGAGUUCGAUCAUGUCGAAUUAUUUAGCAAAGGAGCUUUCGGUCACGUCUAUGUGGCUGAAAAGAAGAUGGAGAAGAAGAAAUUCGCCGUCAAAUGUAUUAAACUUAGUGCCAACGAUGAAGAGAUGGCACAAUUCAGCACCAGAGAAGUCGAAGUGCUGUCCGGCUUAAAACAUCGUAAUAUCGUAUUUUACUACAAUGCCUGGUGGGAGAAUAAUCCUCCGCCGGAAUGGGAGGAUGCAGCAGAGGGAUACGCAGAUGAGGACUUGUCUGCUGAUUUGGACGACGCUUCUAGUUUCGAUUCCAGGCGGAUUAAAGAAGCGGAAGAGCGCUACGGAAAUCCAAGCGUAACACCAUCUCGGUCAAGAGAACCGAAAGAACAGCAAUCUGUAUCGCCUUUAAAAAGAAGUGUGAGCAGAAGUAGUGGAAUAUUCUCGUCGGAACCGACUGAUCAGCAGAGUUCACGUCAGAGUAGUUCAUUAUUCCGUUUGGUGUCGUUGGCUGCCGAGCAACUGGUGCCGAAGAAAACAAGUCGCAGCUACAUUUACCUGUACAUCCAGAUGGAAUUGUGUCGGGAAGAGAAUCUGGCCAAGUGGUUAAAGACCCGGAAGCCCGUCGAAUUAAACGUUCACCAAAUGUACCGUGAAAUUCUAUCAGCCGUCAAGUAUCUACAUAGUCUGGAAUUAGUUCACCGCGAUCUAAAGCCAAGCAACAUUUUCUUUAAUUUUGACUGGUCGAUCAAAGUUGGCGACUUUGGAUUGAGCAAAAGGAUAACAGCGGGUGAAAGUUCGCCAACGACAAGCAGUGAAGGGAGACAAUGGGAUAAAUUUGAUCGAUUGAAUCAAACACUCUACAUCGGCACAAAACCUUACAUGGCCCCGGAGCAGGAAUCAUCCAAUACGUACAAUCACAAAGUGGACGUCUAUGCCUUGGCCAUCAUCCUCUUCGAACUGCUAAUGGGUCCGUUCAAAACCGAUUCUGAACGAAUAGAUUUAAUUUCCAAAUUAAAGUCCUUCCAGCUUCCACCUAAAUUGCAGGAUGCCAACAUAAAACAAUUGCUACUCAAAAUGCUGUCCGUCGAUCCCAACAAACGGCCGGAAGUCAAAGACAUCCUUUCAGAGCACUUCCCAAAAGAGGUCAAGCAACUCAACCCUCGCCCAGUUAAGCGCCAGAACUCACGUCCGUCGGUACAUACACCCAUCAGGCACGCCAGUGAUGUAUUCCAAUCGAAAUUGCUUAUGCUUUUCUUAAUUCGUGGCAUUCGCAAGGGAUACCAAUUCCAACUGGGAACUGAAAUGUCUGAAUUGGGUGGCAUAUUUGACGACUUGAUUUUCAAGUACCAAGUCGACACUUCCAACGAUAACAAUCAAAACUGGCGAUAUCGGUUUGUCCAGGCCAAGUACAAACAAGACGAGACAUUCAAAAUUACCGGAAUUCAACUGCUCAACGGCAAUUUAGGCGAUUUCUGUCUGGCGAAAUAUUUCCGAUCGUUCAUGGAGAUCAAGAGAACGGGAGAAGAAAUUAAGGACUGCAUCAUUUGCACCAACGUUGGCUUCGACGUCAACAGUUUAAUGAAGGAUGGACUUGGAUUGGCGCCCGUCAACCCUCCCGAAGAUAUUUUGACUUUCGAAAAUUUCUCCAGAGGUAAAAAACCUGCUUGCUACAAAUUGAAAAUUACGGAGCACUUGCGACAGAAAGUGACGGUCAGUGAUUAUUGGUCGGAUAUUUAUUUUCUGGCCGACAAGUUACGUGAACACGGUAAAUUUAACAAAGUUAUUCCGUUGAAUCAAGACGUUUUCAAGCGUUAUCACGUCGCUUUAGUCAACGAACGAGUCGUCGAUUUGAACACGAAGAAAUUUCACGAAGAUUUUUUAGAUUCCGUGAAUUUAUCACCCGGAGCAACCCAACUGCGCCAAAUUAUCUGCAACUUCAAAGGCGGUGAAGCGGACUUGAAAAAUUGGAAAUUCAAACUGAGCAAUAAGUUUGGCGGAAUAAGCAACGCCGCCACCCGAGUUGAUUUACUACCCCAAAGAGUGACAUACCAAGACAUUGAUGAAUUUUUCGAUAAACUCGUCUUUGCUGUUGACACGCCCAACGUAGUGAAAUUGGAUCAAAUUCUUAUCAAAGAGGUGGGCCAGCAUUUCAAGUUACUUGGACUUCACAUGCUUCAAACGGUGUGGAACUUAACCUACAAAAAGUUUCUUUCCUCCGAAGAUGGAAUGAAGAUACUAGAAGAUACCGAACAAACUAUGGUCUCAAUCAAUUUAACAACACUUUCUGUCGAUUACCAGGAUCAUCUCCGCAAAGCUUACUGCCAAUACGAAUUAAAGGGCAAUCAAAUGAUUAAUGAGCUAAAACAAUUCUUGUGCCGUACUAAGAAAAACAAUCUGCGCUUCUUGGGUGUCAGUUCAACUUCGCCCGGAAGUACGGCAGUCAAAGUGUUUUCGGUACUGGAGACCCUAAAAGAUUUCAAGCAACCAGACAGUUAUUUGGUCGUCUCUUCUAAUCGUAUGAACGAUGUGAAUCAAAUGGAACAAUGGAAAAAGACGCUGGAGUUGGGACCGUCUAAACUGUUGAUCAUCGUUUGCGAGAGUGGCGAUAGUUUCCUUUAUCGCCAAAUUCUCCAAGGCACAGAUGUGAGCAAGAGAGUCAUUAUCAUUAGUAGAAGCCAUCAAGUUACUCCACCGUCAACAGAUAUUUGGAAAGAAAUUCAGGAUCGUCCAUGGCAGAAGCUCGAAUGCAUUCAGAUUCAUUUCAAGAAAAUAAACCACGAAGGAUUACGCGAUACUUUAAGAGGUUUGUUGUCGGAGCCUCACAACAGAAACACUGCAGUCGUAUUCAUCCAAGGAAUAAUUCAAGAUGACGUUUCCAGCUUGAAAAAGCUUGCGCCAGAAAACUAUGAGCUCGUGUACAAUCGAACUGAAAAUAAUCAAGAAAAUUCCAAAGGUUUUGCUGCGAUUGUCGUUAACCGUAGCCUGGAUUUUGAGAGAAUCCUGCCAUCGCGGAUGUUGUACGAUCCAAAGAUGAUAGCCGGCAUUGAAUUGUCUUUCAACGAAUCCUCGCUCUUUCUCUAUUCCGUCUACCAUUGUGCGGAUGCAGCAAAUAAAGAACUCAGUUUGGAAUCGAACGCAUCCAAGACGGUGGUUUGCUCUAGUCCACCAGUUGCUGUCAAUCCAGUGGCCAAUCAUCCAGAAAAAGAACUCGAGUGUAUACAUUGGCCGGAAGGAGACGAAAUCCGACAUGGGACUGAUGUCCACAUCAGCUGGGAACGUCUCCAAUCACCAGAUGGAAAACAAUCCUACAUCCGGUUUUCUAUUUGAAAUUGUUGAUUGACGUAUGAAGAGACAACAUCUUGCAAUAUGUUGUUUUAUGAGAGCUUUAAAGGAGUCGUCUGCUGUCCUUCAGACUUAUAAAUGUAAGAAUAACUUCCAUGAGCUAUUUUUUAAAAUUUUAUUGUUUUGACUAAUCUGCUUGGUGAACACCAGUUUCAUGUUCAUGACAAAUCAAUGUGCAAAAUAUAAUCUCAUAAUUCAGUUUCA